UGACUUUGUGGGGACAGCCAAUCAAGUCCGCUGCUCCGCUACGUUAGCACAGCUCGGGCCAAAACAACAGCCCGUGUCCCGUCGAGUACCUGCUUCCUGUUAGCCACGGAGCAACAAGACGCGUAGAAUGCCAAAUUAACCGACGGCGUUUGUUUUUUUGUUGAUGUUAUUUUUAAUUGGUGGCGUCUACCGCGAACGCCGAAGGAGGCAAAGUCAGCCACCGGAGCUGCUGCUAUCGCGACUUUAGCUGCCGAGCUAACCGUAGCUAACAUCGGCGGUCCAGCGGGGGAAGAUGGGCUCCAUCCUGAGUCGCAGAAUCGCUGGUGUUGAGGAUAUCGACAUCCAGGCCAACUCGGCCUAUCGAUUUCCACCCAAGUCUGGAAAUUAUUUUGCCAGCCACUUCUUCAUGGGAGGCGAGAAAUUCGACACACCACAUCCAGAGGGAUACCUUUUUGGAGAAAACAUGGACCUGAAUUUUCUUGGAAACAGGCCAGUACAGUUUCCCUAUGUGACGCCUGCACCCCACGAGCCUGUGAAGACCCUGCGGAGUCUGGUCAACAUUAGAAAGGACUCGUUGCGUCUGGUCAGGUACAAAGAUGACUCUGACACGCCAGUGGAAGAAGGUGGAAAACCAAAGGUUCAGUACGGAGUGGAGUUCACCUUUGAUGCCGAUGCUCGAGUGGCCAUCACCCUCUACUGCCAGGCAUUUGAAGAGUUCUCCAAUGGGAUGGCAGUUUAUAGCCCAAAGGAUCCAUCAAUGGCUUCUGAAACUGUGCAUUACAAGCGAGGCGUGAGCCAGCAGUUCUCCAUGCCGUCUUUCAAAAUAGAUUUCUGUGAGUGGAAAGAGGAAGACCUGAACUUUGACCUUGAUCGAGGGGUGUUUCCAAUUGUUAUCCAGGCUGUGGUGGAUGAAGGAGAUGAUUGCCUUGGACAUGCUCAUGUACUUCUGGCAGCCUUUGAAAGACACGUUGAUGGCAGUUUCUCCGUCAAGCCUCUGAAGCAGAAACAAAUUGUGGACCGCGUGAGCUACCUCUUACAGGAGAUUUACGGCAUUGAGAACAAAAACAAUCAAGAGACCAAGCCAUCCGAUGACGAGAACAGUGACAACAGCAACGAGUGUGUCGUGUGCCUGUCGGACCUCCGGGACACGCUCAUCCUGCCCUGCAGACAUCUGUGUCUCUGCAACUCCUGUGCAGACACACUCCGCUACCAGGCCAACAACUGUCCUAUCUGCAGGCUGCCCUUCAGAGCUCUCCUGCAGAUCAGAGCUGUGAGGAAAAAGCCCGGCGCUCUUUCUCCCGUGUCCUUCAGUCCUGUUCUGGCUCAGACUAUGGACCACGAGGAACACUCUAGCUCUGACUCGGUUCCUCCCGGCUUUGAGCCCAUCUCACUGUUGGAGGCUCUGAACGGUCUGAGGUCUGUGUCUCCUCCCAUCCCCUCUGCCCCGCUCUACGAUGAAAUCAAUUUCUCAGGGGGUCUGGGUGGUGAGGGCAGACAGCUGAGCUCCCCCGAGCAUUUGAGUGAUGGGAGUCUACAGAAAAGCAAAGUCAGCAAGUCGCCUGACAGCACCCUCAGGUCUCCAUCCUCUCCAAUCCAGGAGGAGGAUGAGGAGAAGCUGUCUGAGAUGUCUGAUGCUCAGCCUCACACACUGCUCUCCAGCAGCCCCGCCCCCACAGACGCUACAGCAGCAGAGGAUGUGGCAGAGUCUCUGUCUCCAGAUGAUGAGGACAGGAUGCAUGCUGGGGCAGACAUCCUGCAGGACUGUGGCAGCGAACACAGCUGCUUGACCAAAACCGAGAGCGACCCAGCAGGUGAUCUGUCGCUGCCAGCUCUAGGUCCUGAUUCCUGCUCUAUUGGUUUGGAGGAAUAACUGUGGAUCCUCGGAGUCGACUGAAAGCCUGAAAAGUCAGAGCACAAACUGCUCCAGCCAGCCUCUCCUGUGUCCCACGAGCAGCCUUCACAUGGAAGACGAGCAUCUUGACCCCUGACUCUGAUCCGGACAUUCCCUCCCCCUUUAUCCACUCACCCAUAUUCAUCCGUCCACCAGAACAGGUUCAUGCUUCAAAAGAUUCACACAGUCCUUCGCUCCCUUCACACCCCGAAAGAGGAGCUGUUGAUUCCAUCACUGUAUCUGUCACGAGCAGAAAAGACACAUUCUCAAAGAUGCUUUUCGUAUCUUAAUCUAUGACUGAAUUUUAAUGUUCAAGAUAUUUUUUAAAAAACAUUUCAUUAACUUUGCAAUGGUUGUACGUCUUGGGGCAGAGUUGUGGUUUAGUAACGUGGAGUCCAGAGACAUUUCACUACCCGUCAUGGUGCUGCUUAAAAGCAACACUUAACUUUAAAUUAACCCAGUAUUGAUUUCCUCGACACUAUAUUUACAAAUCUAUAAUUACACUCUGUUAAGUCGAAUAUAUGAAUGACUCCAGAAACUGUUUCCUCAGUCAGCUAAGCAUUGUUGGGUUUUUUUCCUGGUCUGACUGAGCAGAUUAAUUAUUAGCUUUGUGCGUGUGUUCAUUUGCAGUGAUUUUGCACUUGUUUAUAAUUCAUUCCCUCUAGAGCUGUCACUUUUUCCAGAAAAUCAAGUUUUAAGUGAAUAUUGCGUAACGCAGAUUUAUUGUAAGGGCUGGGUAAAAAAAGGAUAUUUCCAAAUGAUAUGAUGCAAUAUCGCUUAACCUUAAAAGCCAUUUUCUGUAAAUUCUCGUGGGACUUAAGUGUCCUUGAUAGUCUCACGUGACUGCAAGCGGUUAGCUUUAACUGCAGGGCAAAUGGUGGGGGGCAUGGGAGGUAAACCUAAGCUGUGCUCACAGCACCCUCUGCUGGACAACUUCUUACUUACAGUUCUUGCUUCAAACUGUCUGGUGCGCAUCUUGGCAGUACACAUUUUUUCUCAAACUCAAAUGGGUUUUGAACGUUCAAGGUUUCAAUUAGAGUGGCAUUGUGUGGUCAUACUAAAUAAAAAUGGAACAUUUUUAAUGUAAACAAUAUUUUUAAUGAUGCACCAGCUUAAAGAGAUCCGGAUAUUGCAGCAUUAGUUUCUGUGAAAAUCUUCCUGAAAACCAAAAUAUGUCUAAAGGAAUUGGGUUUUGUUGGAGAUCAUAUCAAAUUGGGACCUUGUGAAUAAGAAUCCACUCGUUGUGAUGCCUUUGAUGGUGUAGAAUAGAGCUGCAAGUAUCAAUUAUUUUCAUAAUGUCGAUUAUUUUCUUGAUUAUUUGGUUUGUAAAAUGUUGAUCGUUGGUUUCCUAAACCACAAAGUGACGAUGUUCUCAAAUGUCUUGUUUUGUCCACGAAUACAAAUGAUUCCAAUUUAAUGAUUUUAUUUGUCAUAUGGAGCAAAGAAACAUUUCACCAGCUAAAGAGAGCUUGGUUUAAUUAUUGAAAGCAACACUCAUACUUGAUUAAUCCAUUAUCAAACCAGUUGCUGAAUAAUUUAGUAGUCAGUUAAUAAUUGAUUAAUCAUCGCAGCUCGAGUGUAGCACCUGAAAUACUUCCACAUGUUGCUCUUCAGAUGCUUUGGUGUUGAGGUUUAGUUUAGUUUACGUCCUCCACUGUCAAAGCAAAACAACUGUCUUGAGGGACCAAGAAAGGCAAUUAAAGACGGAUCUAAGGCCAAGCUACGCUUUUAGGCUCUCUAUUAAAGAAUGUGGGAUAAAAAGUGACAGCCCUAGUUCCCUCAUCGUUAACAAAACGUUUAUGACGACAUGAGCCUGAGUUGUCUGCAGUCUUAAACAUCUAAUAUAUCAUAACUGUACUAGAGGAAAUCCUGAUAAUGAUGUAUAAUGGAGGUAGAUUCAGUAAACAUGCACAUUAUUUAAAUCUUUGUUGAUAAGAGCUACAGAUUCAAACCCCCCUGACAGCUGAAGUCAAAGAUAGUUAGAGCCUGCAACAAGCAUAGAUGCUCCUCCAGCUACACUUGGGUGUGUGUGUGUGUGUGCGUGCGUGCGUGCGCUUGCGUGUGUGUGUGCGCUCAUCCCGUCAGUGUUUAUGAUGGCAGAUCUCUGUACAGCCUUUUUUUUCCCCCUGUGUCUGCUUAUGUGACGUAGCUGCAAAAGAAGUGGGUCAGGUGUCCGUUUGGCUGCAACGCCUUUACUUACCUUGGUCCUGUAUGUGUAGCGCCAUGCAUAUAUAGAUCUAUGUGCCUUUGACUUGAUAUGGCUCUGCCUGCUUGUUGCAUUUGGACAUUAGUGUUUUGAUAAUUAACGCUACAACACAUUUCAGAUUUCAGUUCUUUUUGAUUCUCAUGUACAGAUUAAUUUCCUUUUUUUUAUUGCUACUGGAAAAAUGUAUCUUGCUCUUCAGCAAUAUAUAUAUAUAUAUAUUAUAAAUUAAACUUGUUUAUUUACUAUAUUACGACCAUUUAUCAAUAAUGCAUUUAAUCUUAGUAUUUAGGUUCAAGUGUGCAUUCUGAGAAGAAGGAAAAUCAGCCAAUGCUCCAGAUGCAUUUUAAUGCGCAAAGUAGAAUCUGCAUGUGACUUAGUUGACGUCAACACAUCUCGCGGCUUUAAAGUAAUGUGGUUAUUAUGUUGUAAACACCUCCCCCUUCUCCUCCUCCUCCUCUUCUUCUGUGCCAUUUCAACUUGACACUGUGCCUUCCUGUUCUUGUUCUGACCACUAUUGACCUGGUAUCCAGGAAAACUCCACAGUAGGUGGUUUGUGGCUCUCUGUAAACUCAAUACCAGUCUCUCCCCGUGUGUAUAGCAGCAUGUGUAUAACAAUAAAGAACAAAGACCCAGUACCACUCA